GGCCAUUGGUGGGUGGGGACCCAUCUCUCCGUCCCGGCAUGCUAGGCUGCGCUGCCUGGUGGUUACGUUGUGUCUUUUCCCCAGUGGGUUGGAAGUAGUUACCUUUGUAGCCAAAAAGGAGGAAGGAAGGAAUCGACACACACACACACACAGACGCAACCCAAGGGAGGAAGUUCAUUGAGACACUGAGAUUGCUCCUGGUUGCCCGGGCUCGCCUCUGAAGUGUGGCUGCGGUGCUGCUGCUGCUGUUGUUGUCUUGUUGUUGUUGUUGCUGCUGCUGCUUUGGAGCCGCCACUUCUCCAACAACACCCCAUCCCCGGGGGGCUCCGGGCUCCUGGCAGCGACUUUUUUGGGGGGAAGGCAGCGCGGGAGCGGACGCUGGAGGGCACCAUAUCUCUGGAACCUCUGCACCAAGUGACCCCAAAUUUGCACUACCGACCCUACCCUGAGCCCGGUUGAGGUGUAGCCAUUUUCAAGACAAUCUGAGCAUGCAGGUGGAUUUCAGAGCACUUUGAAACAUUGGGAGUUCUGCUCAACCUUAACUAGGGUGCAGCAAUAUUUUUGAAAAACCAACCGGCUUUAAAUCAAAUUAUUAGUGGCCAGAUAGGGGUUUGCAUCUGAUUAACUCAGUCAGUUUAACAAAAUCACCAGUCUAGUUAGACCGGUAAAACUUUGUAUGUCAUCCUAGUCACUAAUGUAGUUGCUUUGCCAUUUAAUCUUGCUCACAGCAGAUGCAAAUAAGAACAGAGACUGACAAAGCUGCCUGGAGAAUUUUGAGGCACAACACCCAUUUUUUGCAGCAUGUGUCUAAAUCCUCUGGAUUUGAAAGACUCAGGUACAGUGUGAAGAAUGCCCGCAACUGCUGGAGCCUUAUCUAUACUAGGGCUCCUGUCGUACAGCUGCAAAAAGAUACCCUUGUGUCAGCUGGGUCUCUUUGCAUGGGAGCUAAUCCGCUUGCCUAGGCUUGAGAUUGGGAGGGAGCUGGGGACAGCUGAAGUCAAUGGAAUUCCACCCAGGAGGAGCUUGGUUCAGAGAUUUCAUUGGUUUCUGCUUUUCCUCUAAUACUUCUUACUCCGUUUUGCUAAUUAUCAAAGAUCCUUGAUAACUGCUUAUAUCGCAUUGGGUGCAUCCCUACAGCCCAGCAAGAGCUGGGCCCCAUUCCAGUUGUUCAGAGACAGUUGUAAGAGACAGUCCCUGCCCCAAAGAGGUUGUAAUUUAAACAGACGAAGAACGGAUUAUAAUCAGAUAGGGAGCUAAAGCCCUGGGAGAUUAAUUGACUCAUGCAGGGAGUCCAUCGGGGUGUGACAGCUGCCUGGAUUUGCCUACGCGUGCUAGCUCCAAUCUAGCGACCUCUCGUCUAGUUCGCGUGGCUGAAAAGGGGACACAGCGGCAGGAGCUAGCACUGCAAGGGCCCCAGGUGAGCUGUGUCUUCACUGCUAUUUUGAGCCCCACUAGCGAGCGUGGGUUUCUCAGCCCAGGCUAUAAUCCCAUCUCCGGAGAUAUUGCAGACAUGCGCCGUGACAGGAGCAGAAAUUGAACCCGCGUCCCCUGAACCUCUGCGCAGUGCCUGAACUACAAAACUGCCCUUCAUCUCUAGUGGUCGUCUGGUUUGAGCCCAUGUGUUUUUCCUUCGUCACAGUUUUGGUUCCUCUGCUAACAAAUGAUAGCCUCACAGUCAUUUCCAUGGCAACACUCUGGGAUGCUUAAAAAAAAAAAAAAAAAGAACCCCAAUCACGCCUCCCCCCCGCACUGGGUUAUGACUUCACUGAAGGAUCAGGCUGAAGGGGAAUCUGGGCCACAGUGGGAGGAAGUUUGUCCUCCGGUGUCUCUUCAGUAAUUCCUAAAGCUAUCCAGACAGCGCUGAAUGCUGCUGGCAAAGGAGAAAACAACUGAGGUGAGAAGGAUAUUUAGCACAUAGAUUGUCCUUUUCAAAUAUUAGCUCGUUUGAUCUUUCCCAGUGCACUACGAGGCAGGGAUUAUAAUGGGCUGGAUGUCUGCUCAUGCAUGUGUAUGUAAGAUUGCCCUGUGCUGGAUAGAUUCAGAAUGGAUCAACUGUGUGUCAUUGGCCCUAUACUGCUAUCAGCACGUGGGGAUUCUCCUUUAGCUCAACCAUCAGCUUGCAGCAGGAAGAGAGAGCUCUUAACAUGAACUUUUUGCAGCAGGAAGAGGGAGGCUAGGAUGAUGUGACUAUUCUCCACAAGACGCGGAGUAAAGGGGCCAGAACACAGCUAAGAAUCAAUGCCCAGGUCUCUUGGCUCCCAGCCCAGUGCCCAAAUCGCUGGAUCGUUCUGAGCCACCGCCCUAUGUUAAAAAGAGGGCCAUAUAGGGUAUUACGGCAAACAGGGAAACCACCCUUGCGAUGAGAGGGGCUGACUCUCCUAGAUGGUAUAUGAAUGAGAUCUUGUUAAUUUCUCUAGGCGUAAGCCUCAGGAAAGAAUAUACUUAGUAAGUUAAGUAUUCCCACCAGAGAUCUUGGAUCUUAAACAAAAGUCUUUAUAUUGCGAGGCGCUCAGUGUUGGCAGGAGCGACAGAAACACUUCUUUUUUUUUGCCUCCGCAGUUUGUACAUUGCAAGUUUUCUCUCAUCCCCCAAAAUAAACACUUAUUUUUUUUCCACACCCCCGGAGCCGCUGUUGCUCAUGGCAGGUUGCCCAGACUCCGUAGGAACUCAGAAAAGCUGCAGCAUCCAGGGCCUAACUUUGCUCUGGGUUUUCAGUCCUAAGGGGAUAAAAUGGGAGGGCAUUUUGUUUCUUUUUCCUGAAGUUUUCGAGACUUUCCCACCAGUCGAGACAAGCCCAUUGCUGGACCAGGGCAGCAAAUUUCCUCUUUUGAUUGACAGGCAAUGGCUACAAAUUGCUGUCUGGAGUGAGCUGAAGAUGCAACCAUCUGACUAACAGGUUUCCGAGCAGCCCCUGGAGGCCCAAAGCGCCUGGAAUUAACCAGACGGCAGCAUAACAUGAACUGAGAAAGAAGCAACCCGGAUUUUUGUUUGUUUUUUGGUUUUGUUUUUAAAAACUUUUACAUAACAAAAAAUUCUUUCAUGAAAACGUUUUAAAACAAAGUUAUUUUUCCCCUCCCCCGAACAAGAAAGUCAUCCCCAUACGGUGAGGAUUUCCGGAGAAGAUGGGGAGGAAAAAGAUCCAGAUCCAGCGGAUCACGGAUGAGCGAAAUCGACAGGUGACCUUCACCAAGCGGAAGUUCGGUUUGAUGAAGAAAGCCUAUGAGCUGAGCGUCCUGUGCGACUGUGAGAUCGCCCUGAUCAUCUUCAACCACUCAAACAAGCUGUUCCAGUACGCCAGCACGGACAUGGACAAGGUGCUGCUCAAGUAUACCGAGUACAACGAGCCGCACGAGAGCCGGACCAACGCAGACAUCAUCGAGACAUUAAGAAAGAAAGGUUUUAAUGGUUGCGACAGCCCGGAACCCGACGGGGACGACUCCAUUGACCAGAGCCCCCUGAUGGAGGAUAAAUACCGCAAAGCCAGCGAGGAUCUGGAUAUCCUCUUCAAACGAUACGGUUCUGCAGUGCCCGCUCCGAACUUCGCCAUGCCAGUGACGGUGCCGGUGACCAAUCAAAACACGUUACAGUUCAGCAAUCCCGGGGGCUCCUUGGUGACCCAGUCGCUGGUGACCUCUUCGUUGACAGAUCCAAGACUUCUCUCGCCACAGCAGCCGGCCCUGCAGAGAAACACCGUGUCGCCGGGUUUGCCGCAGAGGCCAGCCAGCGCGGGGGCGAUGCUCGGGGGAGACUUGAACAACACCAACGGAGCUUGCCCAAGCCCAGUCGGAAACGGGUAUGUCAGUGCCAGAGCCUCGCCAGGUCUUCUCCCGGUCUCAAACGGCAGCACCAUGGGCAAGAUCAUCCCAGCAAAGUCGCCACCACCGCCCUCCCACAGCACGCAGCUCGCCACCAACAGCCGCAAGCCGGACUUACGUGUGAUCACCUCUCAGGGCGCAAAGGGUUUGAUGCACCAUUUGACGGAGGACCACUUGGAGCUGCAGAAUGCACAGAGGUUAGGAGUCUCCCAAGCAACUCAUUCUUUAACCACGCCUGUCGUGUCGGUGGCCACUCCAAGUUUGUUGACCCAGGGCCUGCCUUUCUCUGCCAUGCCCACAGCAUACAACACAGAUUAUCAGCUGACCAGUGCCGAGUUAUCCUCACUCCCGGCGUUCAGCUCACCCAGUGGGUUGUCGCUUGGCAACAUCUCUGCCUGGCAACAGCAACAUCAGCAACAACAACAGCAACAGCAGCAGCAGCAACAGCAGCAGCAGCAGCAACAACAUCUUGUUCCUGUAUCACUAAGCAACUUAAUACAAGGGGGUCACUUAUCUCACACCACCACGUUGACUGUCAACACCAACCCCAACAUCAGCAUCAAGUCGGAGCCCGUCUCACCGAACCGGGAACGAAACACUGCCACGCCGCUCAGCUCCUUCCCACACCAGAGCCGGCAUGAGCCGACGGGGCGUUCUCCCGUCGACAGCCUCAGCAGCAACGCCAGCUCCUAUGAAGGCAACGAGCGGGAUGACCCCGCCAGAGCUGAUUUUGGCUCGUCCCUCGGCCUCCUGAGACCCACGACCGAGGCCGAGGGAGAGAGCCCAUCCGUAAAACGCGUGCGGCUGGACGCCUGGCAUCUACAAGCUCAGUGGCUUUGAGAUCUGCCAAACAGGCCCAGAAAUACUUCAAAGUGGAGGAGGAAAAAGUCAUGGUAGGACUUGCAGGUGUGGUCGGCUUCUUGUAGCCUAUCAUUUAUUCCAGAAGUUUCUAGACUUUUAGAAUACUUCCAACUCAGUGCGAGAUGAAAGGCUGAGAAGCAGAAACCUGUUGAGAUGACAGCAGCUAAAGAAUAAGAGUAACAAAGCACUAAAAUGCGAGAUGGUUUCAAAACAGAACAUUUUUGUUUGUUUUUUGAUAUUUUCUGCAACAUUUUGGAACUUUUUCAUCUUUUUGUUGUUCAAUUUUUGAAUAUUCUCAAUUAGAAAAAUGGACAUUUUCAGUUUUGAAAUGAAUGUUUUUGGUUUAGGAAAUUUUCAGUUUUGGAAAAGCCCUUCCAUGGGCUAUGCUGACCAACCAAAAUUAGCAGUAAGGGAAGAAAGGCAAAAAGCCCUCCAAAACCCCCAAAAGAACAGUUACAUGAAAAUGCAAUGCAAUAAAUGCAGGUUUUCUAAGGGGGGAAAAUGUAAAAAAAAUCUAAUUUUGAGAGGUGACUUUUUUUUUAAUUUUUUUUUGUUUAAAUCAUUUUUCAUUUAAUUUUUUUUUUUUGGCCUAGUUCUCCCAGAUCUAAAGCCUCUCUAAAUAUAUGUGUGCCAUUAAAACACAGCUCUCCUUGGCAGAUUUCAGUUCGUUCCCCGAGCGGUCAUGAGUUCUCAUCACAAAAAUCACCAUUGCCACUGGCGCAAACUAGACCCCUUUGCUUGCAGCCUCAGUAGAAAGGCCCCGAACUGAACGUGCCCCUUGGGGAGUCGUUCCAGAGCAAUGAAUAGCAGUAGCAGCGCUGCUGACUGCAUGGUUCUAUGGAACAAGGAAGGACUUCAUUGUCCACAUCCAUCAGCCUUUCUCUAGUGAAGAGCAGGGUUGAACUGAUGCUGCUUUCCCUAUAUAAUCAGAUGCUAACUUAGCGCUUUGUUUGACAGUUCAGAUGAAUUUGCUAGCAGGUUCUUCCAUAGAUAACUUCUACCAUGACUUUUUUCCCUUAAAUGAAAUUCCUCUAUGUGCAAAGGCACAAUCAAAGCCUGAGGAACAUUAGACCCACUAGUCUCCAAGCCAUGGGGCUUAAAUAGGAAUUAAGUGGUGUACACAUCUCAUGUUGGCCCCUUUGCGUAUGGAUGAGUUUCAUCCUGGGGGCUAGAUCUGCAGCAGGUGUAAAUCAGUGUUAUUUCCAUUGAUCUACACUGAGGAUCUGGCCCUUGGCAAAUUCUGGACUUAUGGACUACUGCCACCUUGCAAAAUUAUCAUGCGAAUGGAGCAGCUUGGGAGCAAAAUCCUACUCGCCAUAAUGAUGGACACAUCAACAAAUUAUUCUGUUUGCUUGUCAAAGAGACCUCGAAAGUUGAGCAAUUUGCAACUUUGACAACACUUCGUUUGAGAAAAAGUUUUGAUUAUUAUUCCUUUUUGUUUCAUUAAAACAAAAAAGUUUCCAAAUGUCAACAGAUUUUUUUUCCGCAGUAAAAAUGUUGACUACUUUCCCUAUGGGCUCGCAAUCCAGAGUGGAAUUUUGCAAGGCUACGUGGGGCUGUGUUGCAAACUGGGCAUUGUGUGGGAGGUCUCUGUGGUAGGUUUUGUGUUGCCUCCAUAUGUCAAUCUAAGCUGAAGUCCCCAAUCUGAAACGUAUCUGACCAUCAAAAUCAGAGCAUGCCCACCUUAUUACAUUAGCGAUGUACGGGUACCAGCCUGCCAGCCAGCCAGCCGAAGGCUUUGCACGGCCAUGCUUUGAAAUUAAGCAGAAUACAAAGCUCUUUUCAUCAAUUUUAUUUUUCCAUCACUAUCCUGCAAAUAAACACUUUCUCUCCUGUUGGGAGACUUACGGUGGAAUGUCAUUUGCAGCUCUCAGUGCAUUCUGUAGUCAAGAGGAUCCGAAAUGAUUAACUCCACGGACAGGUAUAAAAGACCAUCUGGUACUCAGCGAUCUGACCAGCUCAAACAUCAAUGUAGAACAAACCUGAGGAAAAACAUUUUUGCUCAUUAACUUCAUACUCUAACUCCCAACUUGGUGUGUCUAUCUUGGAGUUGAGAGCUUGGAAAAUAAAAAUGCAACCUGGGUGCAUAUAUAUAUUUUGAGAGAGAGAGAGAUGGAGGCAGACCACCAACUGACUGACUAAAUCAGUUACAAAAUGGCACUAAACUGUGGCACCAAGCAGCUAACAUUUCAAAUAAAUAAAAAGCCAAGGUUCAGAGGUGAUCUUCAGGAAUCUGGUAGUGGGACUUUAAAAUGUGCAUUGGCUCAACCCAUUUGGAAAUAUGGCUUGUGGGAAAGUUGGGACUGCACCAUGGGAAUUGACAGAGGGGGACGUGGGGUUUAACAACCACAUUAGCUUCACCGUUUGGGUGAAAUGAUUUUUGGGUUUGUUUGGGGUUUUUUUUCGUCUGGGUUAUUCUCUAUUUCCCCACAGACUGUAGAAUCCAGUAAAAGCCUCCUGAUUUUCAAAAGAUAACCAGAAGAACGACAAUCUAAGAAAUCAACACCUUCCUUUGUGCUUCUAUAAAUAUGUUUCCGAUCUUUUAAUUUUAUUUCUCGUGCUCCACUGUACUGUUGACAGUUACAUUGUGUAUAAUUUUUUUUUAAUUUGGAAUUUUGCGUUGUAUAGGGUUUAGUUUUAAAUAUAUAUAUAUAUAUAUUUUCCAUUUUUUAAAAAGGGGUGUUGCAAAAAAAAAAUUGCACGAUUUAAAUGACAAACAGUUCAAAUGCUGCAGUUUUUAGAGAUAUGGAAGCAAAACGGAGCUUAUUUAUUCUCAAAAGCUAUAAAAGGUGUAAAAUGCAUGAAAAAAAAAUAUUUACAAAAAACAAAAACAAAAAAAAAGAUGAAAAAAAUGUAACCUGAACAAAGUGUAGCGUUAAAAAAAAAAAUUUAAACGAUGACAACAAUGAAAAACAGCUAAUAUAUUGUGUUUGGCUAGUUUGCUUUUGUUUUUAAUUGUUCCUUUUUUUUUUUUUGGAGAAUGAAAUACAAUUGUGUAUAUUUUCAUAUAAGAAGUAUGCACUGAUAUGUUUAAAAAAAAUGAUAUAUUACUUUCUAAAGAUGUGGUUACUUACCAAAGUCUGUUUCCGAUCUUUUCCUUCUUGAAACCUAUGUGGAUCCUUCAACAUACGUACGCUGGGGUUAAAUACAAGGGGCCUAUUUGAAGAUACACUAAGAUCUCUUUACGUUGCUGUGGGAGAGCUACAGUGGCAUGAUCUUAAUGCUGCUUUACACUGCCAGAGCAGCGGAAAGAGUCCUUUGUGUAACAGGUUUACUUCUCAAGCGACUCAGAUGUGGGGUUUCCUUUGAUGUGUAGUACCUCCCGUACGAACACCAAAAAUGUAGGUCUUAGCCUAGGUUAUGAACAGAUUUUAAUCAUAGGUUAAAUGUUCCAUCAAAGACUGUUUUAACCCAUCAGGAGAACAAAAUUGUCCUUCAAGGUUGGGGCGUGAGACAAAUCAAGAUGUGCACUGAGGAUUUCCUGGGUAAAUUAAGAAUCAAACACAGCACUGGACUCCUGUGUAAAGUCAUAUUUUGUCGAGUCGAUUCCAGUGCAUGAAAUUGGAUCAGGUGUUUCGUCCGUAUACAUCGGAGAUGGUGCUCCUGGAAGUUGUAGCAUUUUGGUGCCCUGGUUGCUGUUCAUUUCAAUCCCUGAGUGUGCUUAUGUUUGGCCACGACAGAGGCCAGUUGACUACAUUGGGACAGGUUGUGGUCAUGUGUAUGGUUUUUGCAGUCCUAAGGCUUAUGGAAAUUUUAGGCCACUUCAAAAAUAACGUGACAUUUCCUGUCAUCUCUUAAGGAAAGAGGUUGGGUUGAUUCGCCUUUUUCUGAAUAAGGAACUGGGGUGCAGCAAAAUUUCAGAGAUCGGUGUAUUUUCAAAAUUUGGGUUUGCAGCAAAAUAUUGUCAAAGGUGCAAUCGGUCUAUGGGACAUGGUAUCUUCCAAAUGAGAAGGGCAGAGAGAAUCACUCUCCGAAGCUGGAGUUCAGACUAGAGAUUGGAGAUAAAUUUUACGGAGCCUGAUUCUCCAGCAGAGUAAAGAGUCACAGCUGCACCUACUUUAAGGCCCUUUUACACUGCCAGAGUUGUGUAAAGGGGCCUGAGUGAAGGAGAAUUCAAACUUGUAAACAAGUGAAUAGAAUUAAUUGGACAGCCAAAUUCCUAACAGAGUUAUCCAGUGGCAAUCAGGUACCAUUGUAUAUGGCGACGGGUAUAAAUUGGGUUGAAUGAAGUACUGAAUGGGGAUAAGCCAACAGGAAAAUCUUGGACCCUACCACCCCUUCACUUUGCCGGAGGGAUCGGAGGUUGGCAUUGAAUGCAAAUUUCAUAUUUGGCUCCUAUCUCUAAAGUAGGUGAAAGCCAAACAUGAGGGGCCUGGUUCUCCGCUGGCGCGCUUCUCGGGUAAUCACUAGCGCCGCUGCAAAGUGAGUGUAAAACACUGCUGUUUCAUCUGGUAGAGAAUCACACUCAUAUUGCACUGAUGUCAAUGUGCAAACAAGGGGCCGGGCAGCUGCGAAUCGGGGAGAGCAAAAUCCAGAGCAGUGUUGCAGUCUGAGCCCACCUCUGGACUUAGGCAGCGAAUCACAUGGGGCCAAAUCCUCUGCUGGUGUAAACUGGAGCCAGUGGAGCCAUGCUGAGGCUGUCAGCAUUGGGGGGGAGGGGGCUGUGCUGGACUAGGGAGGUGGCUAUGCUAAAUGAGUUCUCUCCAAACUCAGCACUACUACGACAACUUGUUCCUUCAAGCUUAGCCCAAAUUUCCUCCAUAGGACAUAUUUUGUCAGCAACAAAUCAUACGGUUUUCUGAAAUUUUGCACACCAAGGGUCUUAUGCUAAUCUCCCACCCCACCCUCAGUUAUACAACUAUAAAGCAAUGUUACUACCCAGAAGCUCACGUGGGGAUAUAAUUGAGGGCAGAAUUUGGUGUAAACUA